GCCUACCUAACGAAGCGUGGACCAAAUAGGGCCUAACCUUGAAAUUUUUCAAAAUAGUACAACCAAAGCAAUGAAUUUCAGAAUUAUGGGCUCCUCUAGAGUAUAUAGAAACGCUAAGCUGGUAAAUAAGAAAGCUACAGUAUGACGAGGAAGACAAACCUGGAAGUCAUUUUCUAAGGUGUGGCCUCAACCAGACCAAGAGGAGAUCCUAGGUGGUAACUUCUGGACUUCUUAGACAAGGAAAGGCAUUCAGAGAAGAUACCUUGCACUGGUGGUAGAAAUUUUUUCUUGUUGAGACACUGGGACUUGGCAUAGCAUGUCUUCAUCAGAGGUCGCUUUAAAAGAGAAGCCAUUCAAAUGUGACACUUGUGGCAAGUCCUUCCCCCGCCAGUGCAACCUGACACGUCACCAGUCGGCGCAUACCGGGGAGAGGCCCUACGUCUGUGAUAUCUGCGGCAAAGCCUGCUCGCAGAGCAGCAACCUCCGCCGCCACCAGCUCGUGCACACGGGGCAGCGCUCCUUCCCCUGCGGGGUGUGCGGCAAGUCGCUGCCGAUCAGAAGCAGCCUCAAGCGCCACAUGCGGGUGCACACGGGUGAGCGGCCCUUCAUCUGCCCCAUCUGCAACAAGUCUUUCCCCUACCGCAAGAGCCUGAAAGACCACCAGUGGAUGCACACCAAGGAGAGGCCCUGCGUCUGCGGCAUCUGCGGCCAGGCCUUCGCCCGCCGCUGUAGCCUAAAGCGCCACCAGUUGGUCCACACGGGGGAGAAGCCCUUCGUCUGCGGCGUUUGCGGCAAGGCCUGCUCCCAGCGGAGUAGCCUGCGCAAACACCAGCUGCUUCACACGGAAGGGGCAAUAGUGGAAUGCGAAGUCUGCGGCAAGUACUUCUCGUCACAGGAGCGUCUUUCAGUGCACCAAGAGACUGUACACUUCACAGAUGAACCUAUUGACCACGGGGACUUUCCUCAGGACAGUAGUGAUACUGACAGUGGACAAGAUUAACACACAGCAACAUUUUUCAUGGAGAUGUCCCCCUCCCUUAGCUUGAACAUUACUUUUGUAGAAAGCACUUUGUGAUCGCCGUCUAUUUUGAAACAUGUCUUAAAGUGUUGACGUGCAUAUUAGACCAAUUUACUAAUGGAGUCAGUGUGCGGCCGGACUAACAGGAAGGUGCAAUCUUUAUGGAUAUCCUUGACUACCAUGCAAGGUGUUUGGAAAAACAGUCCUGCAAUAAAUGAAUGUCAUUCUGGAGUGAACACAUACAUGUACAUGUAGCGGUAGCAUCUAACAGACUGUUGUUUGCAUGCAAACUUGUUAUCACCAGAAACCCUCAAGUUCAGAAACUCCAUAUUGGAAGUGAAUAGAGUCACAACUUUGACCCCAAAAGGAAGAAAAUACGUAUGCCAGAUGCAUAACAUUUCCCCUAAAAUUGGCUUUCACAGUUUUCCAGAGUGAGUGCACUAGAGUAACAGGAUCAUCUAAAGCUUUUGUCAAAUCCCUCCACGGUUCUUCUCUUGCCCCAAAAGGAGUUGGUAUUCAUUUGAAUGUGUAAGAGAAGCAUUCUGACAAGGAUUCCAUCCACCCGUACGUGAACAUCUGCCCCUUGCUAAAGAGAGCUCCAUCAGGCAGAAACUAAUACAGUUGUGCCCAGGAGUCAGAUUAUCUCAAGAAGGCAUCGACCAAGCAGCUGUAAAAACCACAGAGAAUGUAGAGGAUAGCCAGCCGUUUCAUAACAGACUCGAUCAGGUUCUUAAAGCAAAGUGAAAGCAACCUGGAGGUAUCUCCCUGAGACAUCAUUGGUGUGCCACACACUCAAGCUCAUUGGAGGACACAGUAUAAGAGGUUUCAUUUCCUCUCUUGCAGCGGUUGGGAAGACAUCUUGUCACAACACACAGCAGAUGGAGUUACUGAGGACUUACCUGAAGAUGUGUGCAAAAGGAAUCUAAUGACCUCCCUCAGUCACCCCUGCCCAUGCUGCUGUGAUGAUGACACUUAUCACGAUUACUGUCUGCUCCAAGAAAGCAUCACUUCCUUAUAUCAGUACCUCCCUUGUUUGUGUUGCCAAGGAAAUGAGACCCGUGAUAGUUCAGAAUGGCAUGAGCCAGUGUUACGAGAUACUGGAGUCUACUGCUUGUGAUCCAGCUUCUAUAAGCUCACCAUCAUCAUACACCACACACCUCUCCUUGUCACCAUGCUGCCUGCUUGGAUGUCAAGGAAUUCCUGCUGCAUCAUCACAAGUUUUUAGGUCUCCUGACCUUGAAGGAUGGCAUCAUACCCCUGGCAUUGGGUUGGCAUUGCUUGGUGUCUACAUUCAGCGUCUAUACCAGCUGGUACAAGUCUUGUGGGACAAGGUUAAUUGAGAAGCCAAUUCAACUGGAGAGCAACUGGAUUGGAUGGUUGGCACGGAUGCUUGAAUUCACAGUUAGCAGAUUCCCUGUCAAGGAAGACAGCUGCGCCCAUAUCAUCAAACCAACCCACAAAGUCUCAUGGAAGUCAACACUGGAAAAUCUACUGGACAUUGCAAUACCAAGUCCAAAGUACUAUGGUUGAUAUCAUGGAUCAGACAUCAUGAGAGACGACGUACAUGUACAAGUCAUUCGCUGACCACGGACUGCAUCCAGGUUCCCAGUUCACUCAGUUAGUGGAACACAUCCUUCAAUGGAAGACAGCCCUGGUGAAAUGACAUCUCUAGUGGAACUCAUAGGAGACAGUCAGUGAAACAGCAUGGAACAGCAUUAUGCCAGAAGGACCGAUGAACCCAUCUAUUAAGUUUGCCGUUGAUUCCCUGUGGUUGGACUGGUCAGCCAUAUCUGAAGCCCUGUGCUCUGUCCAAGGGCUUGUCAUAGUGUUACUUCAACACUGCCAAUUUGACUUCUCAUUGUAACUGUCAUCACUCCUGGUACAAGACUGUAUGAAGGAAGCCUGUGACUUGGGAUAAUUGGAAAUUAGUGACAUGAAAUGGCUUUUGACAUUGAGCAAUGUACAUGUACACCAAUGCCAAG